AUGGCUUAGAUUUUACCUGCUUCCAACAAAUCCAUGAUUUCUGACCAGAAUACAUAUGUUGGAAAAAGUUUUGUUCGUGUUAAAAAUCCUUACUUGGAUUCUAUGGAUGAAGACAUUCUCUAUCAUUUAGAUUUAGGAACAAAAACACACAACCUACCAGCAGUGUUUGGGGAUGUAAAGUUUGUCUGCGUUGGUGGGGGCCCCAACAGAAUGAAAGCGUUUGCACUGUUCAUGCAUAAGGAGCUCAGAUUGGAGGAGAGUGAAGACUUGCAGGACAUCUGUGCCGGCACAGACAGGUGCUGUAUGUACAAGACUGGUCCCGUGCUCACCGUCAGCCGUGGCAUGGGGAUCCCUUCCAUGUCUAUCAUGCUCCAUGAACUCAUCAAAUUACUGCACUAUGCCCAGUGCUGAGAUGUCACCAUCAUCAGAAUAGGUACGUCAGGGGGAAUAGGGAUUGCACCAGGGUCUGUGAUAAUAGCAGCUACAGCUGUAGACUCCUUCAAACCCAGAUUUGAACAGGUAAUCUUGGACAACAUUGUCACCCGAAGUACUGAACUUGACAAGGAACUGGCUGAGGAACUAUUCAACUGCAGCAAAGAAAUUCCCAACUUCCCAGCCCUCAUUGGACAUACAAUGUAUACCUAUGAUUUUUACAAAGGCCAGGGUCGACUAGAUGGAGCACUGUGCAGCUUUUCCAGAGAAGAAAAGCUAGACUACUUGAAGAGGGCAUAUAAAGCCGGUGUCAGGAAUAUCGAGACGGAAUCUAUAGUGUUUGCAGCCAUGUGUAGACUUUGUGGUCUAAAAGCUGCUGUGGUCUGUGUGACACCUCUGGACAGACUUGAAUGUGACCAGAUCAACUUGCCCCAUGGUGUUCUGGUGGGGUACCAGCAACAGCCUCAGCUCCUCAGCUCCCGCUUCAUCAAACAGCGGCUUGGAUUGUGUGACCGACAUCAUAACUGGGCAGCUCAGUUCUUCCCUGCAGGUGUGUAG